CGCAAUGGAUAUGGACCUAUUUGCAGCAGCCCAUGUCGUACGGCCAGUCGUUCCCUCCAGAUUUGGAACCUUUCCUACUAGUUACCGCGUCAUUUCUACAAGCGUCUGCUUCCACUAUCAAGUAAAGGCGUCUCAGAUGGAGGUCGCUGGCUCCGAUUCCGAUGGCCGCGAGUUCAAGAACGCAGACGAGAUGUGGAGGGAACAAACCGGUGACGAUAACAAGAAGACCCAAUGGUAUCGCGAAGGCGUUGCCUACUGGGAAGGCGUGGAGGCAUCGGUGGAUGGAGUUUUGGGUGGAUAUGGGCGCGUGAAUGAUGCUGAUGUGAAGGGCAGUGAAGCUUUUCUUCAGGCCCUGUUUUCCGAAUGUUUUGUCGACGGUGGAAUUGACCGGCAUCUUGUUGCUCUUGACUGUGGUUCUGGCAUUGGGAGAAUCACCAAGAAUCUUCUCUUACGAUAUUUUAAUGAGGUUGAUCUUCUUGAGCCAGUCUCACAUUUCCUAGAUGUUGCCCGUGAAAGUUUGGUCUACGAAAAUCAUAUGGCCUCAGAUACACACAAGGCCACUAAUUUUUUUUGCACUCCACUUCAGGAAUUCACACCAGCUGCUGGAAGAUACGACGUUAUUUGGGUUCAGUGGUGUAUUGGGCAUCUCACAGAUGAUGAUUUUGUUUCAUUUUUCAAGAGAGCAAAGGUUGGCCUCAAACCUGGUGGGUUUUUUGUCCUGAAGGAAAACACUGCACGAAGUGGAUUUAUAUUGGACAAAGAAGAUCGAAGCAUUACUAGGUCUGAUGUGUUCUUCAGGGAGCUCUUUUGUAGGUGCGGAUUGCAUCUUUAUAAAUCAAAGGAUCAGAGGGGAUUUCCCAAGGAACUAUUUGCUGUGAAGAUGUAUGCUUUAAUGCCAGAUAUGCCGAAGAAAAUCAGUAAGACUAGAUCCAAAACACAUGCAAAUAGGCCUGGCAUAAUCAAAUAAGGAUUUAGUCUCUCAAAGCUUCUAAAAUUGUUGUAAAAGGUGUUCUACUUUUCCAAUAUAAAAGCAGAUGUACAUGCUGUGACACCCAUGCAAGAGUAGACAGAAAUUGCAUUUUUCUACAUUCCUAAUGAAUUCGUUCUUCUUUGUA